GAAACUAGGAUGAAGGAAUGUGUUGGUGACCUAUAGUAAAUCGCGAAGUAGCCUAUUGCAGUGUACCGCGACCGAUCCUGAGGACGCGCGCCCUACGUGGGGACACUCCACGUGGCCGUCUCUCCCUCGUGUGUGUACACUUUGUUAUGUCAUUAUGCGAAAAAGGACAAUGGGAAUCGUGCAAUCGUUGAUUGAUUCCUUUAAUCAUAAGUCUGAUUCCCAGUUGGGAAAUACAAAUAGCAACGGACCCAAACCAAAAAACGCAGCCAAAGUGGAGGAAUAUGAGGAUGUGGAAUUGAUACAAAUGAAGAUGGCCAUCACGAACGAUCCUAACAGUUUCAUUCUAAACAAUCUCAUGAUGUGUAUCCAGUUCUUCGAGAAUUACGAGGAAGAUAUAAUUCAAAUUAAAGAGACUCUGGUACCAACUUACGAAAGCGAAUUAAAUAAAGUGCUCCCAUCUCAAAAGCACGUUCUACUGCCGGACAUUCUUCAGGAGCAUAUCUCCCAUAACAUUGCUUUUACAUCAAAAAGACAAACCGAUGAUCUCAUUAUCGAAUUGCUGCACCCCAUCCGCAUUUAUAUUGUGCAUGAUAAUAUUGAAAUUACAGAGCGACAUUACUUAUCAGAGUAUAGUAGCCUAAAUAAUGGGAUUACGUACAACAUGAUGGUGCAACCAAGUGAAAAUCCCGGAUACGUGCAAUUGCGACGUCUCGAUGAAACGCCGUAUGUGAGUAACUCCUGCAAGGAAGAAGACAUCGAUCCUUCUUUAACAGUGGAUGACGACGAAAUAUAUGAUGGUGACGGCGAGAGCGUUUAUGGUCGUAAUUCGAACAUGAUACAUCACACCAGAGUCACACCGCAUCACUCUAGAAAGAGAGGUCUCCAAACUUCUUCAAUUUUCAGUGUCAAAUCUUUACCCAAUCUUCAUGACAAGACAAUAUACGAGGGUCAAGUAUCCCUUUCCGUAAGAAGUAUUUACGAAACCCGACCCAGCCGUAAUUUCAAAACUAAGUCUGACUACGAGCAUAGAUCUUCGACAGAGAAUCGAAGGAGUCAUGGUCAGAAAACAUGGUUGAAAAAUGAACUGGAGGCCAGGAAAGAAAGUUACCAACGUUAUUCUCAAUCCGGAGUGGCGAAACAGAAAGCAAGCAGACCAGCAAGCAUCACGAGUUCCGGCUACCGAUCCGAAGCUUGCGACAGUGAUAGCGACUGGAGUUACCAACCUCUGUCAAAAUCCAUCUUGCAAACAACUCGUAAUGUGAAUCAUAAUAAGAAUACCGCGGAUGCAUCGACGAAAAUCUAUUCGGAUGCGAUGAUUCCGACGCAGUGUUUCAAAAAGAUGAGGAUCAGCAACGAUGGCAAGAUUUACAUGUUACAACGGGAGAGGAAGCUGAAAAAUUGCAAGCAAUUUCGCCUCAUGUUGGCCGACAGACAAUACGAUUCCUAUGUCUUCUAUACCAGCAGUAAAGUGUUCAUGAGCUAUUUCGUCGAUGUCUUCGUGGAUCAAUUAGCGGAGCCGCUAGGUUUCAAACAAGAAGAUCUGAAUCACGUAGAGGAGUCGAUUAUCUACUGUGACAAAGUGAUCGACUCGCAUAAUUUGAGGCUGCGCAGGCUCGAGUCCUACGAGAUCUCACCAACGAUAUGGUUACAGUGGCCGGAAUACGCACAGGAGUGGCUAGAUAGACCGAGGAGCACGUGGCCUGACUACAAUGAUAUCAACAAAAUAAAAGACUUUGGUUGCUACGUAGUGCCCGAAGACUCUCUACCGAGAAAAAGAAAUCCUUUGUCAAAAGAGUUGUCUUGGCAACAAAAUGCUAACAAUAUUCACCAGGAAAUCGAGUGGCAAUUGGCAUUUCCAGCCGCGGAACGAUAUCUAGAGACCUGCAUGACACGCUCACAAGUACAAGUGUACUUGAUCGCGCUGAUGCUCCAUAAAACCUUCUUAAGACAGAUCCAGGACUCAACAGCUGGCCUAACGAUUUCUCACAUUAGGAAUAAGCUAUUCUGGUUGAUCGAAGAAAACGAUCGACCUUUCAAAUGGCCUGACAAUCGGACUGGCGACUGUCUAAUCAAGUUGUUAGAUAGCCUUUAUCGCUGCCUCUGCCAGAACGAACCAAUUCUAUUGGAUUAUUUCCUCCGCGACAAAAACGUGUUUAACAAAGUGCCCGCCAAUCUCCUGUUGCACAGCCAGAAGCAACUGAAGAGAAUAAUUGAGAAUCCUGUCAUGUAUGUGUUCCAUGCGAUGGAGAACAUCAAAUAUAGCAACAAAUUUUUUCCGCGAUUGAACUUCACGAAGCUGUUCAACAUACUGACGGUAAAGCCGUGGUUGGCUAUGAAUCCAGCUCUUGAUAUGUAUUUGCCGUCAAAGAACGACGAGUCAUAUAGAGAUGAGAUCUAUAACAAAUCCGGUGGAUUUUGGAACAAGGCUCGAAAGAAGAAUUCGCGUAACUACAGCGCGCCAAUAGCUGCGCCAAUAGGCGUGAGGAAAACACUAAUCACUCCGCGCAAGGCCACUGAUUGUAUCGUCGAGAUUUCGGAACGAUGUGCCAAAUUAGAGGGUAUGAGGCUGGCUGCUUUGUUGGACUUCUUCAUCACGCACUUUGUUAAAAUGGCCGAGUGCUGUCACAGGUAUCGGGCUUACCAACAGAAAGAGGUUUAUCUCGAUCAAGCUGAUCGAUUGUCGAUCAUCCUAUCAGAGAUGAUUAGGUACAAGGACGAUGCUAAAGCUUAUCGCAAGAAAAUCUAUGCUCUGAGGAUGAAACCGACGAUGAAUUCAACGAUAAGAUCACAGAAUGAGCCGCCGGAAACUCCUGAGAGGAAUCAAAAACCUAUAUUCAGCAGCACCCUGAAAGAUCGUUUUACGCGACAAUUUGAUGAAGUCAUGAAACUGCCAAAGGACGAGCAACCGCAAUCUAGUCAUCAAGAUCACACGAAUAAGAUAACGAAAACGAUUACCUCCGAAAUAGGAUUAACAAACGAGGGAAACGCGCAGGCGGAUACUGCAAGCGCGAUUACGAGCGAGGACGAAAGUCCUUACACUUCGAGAAAGCCUAUAUCGAAGGAUCAGGGUGAUGACUCAAAAACGAUACAAAAAGUGAUCUCUCUAGCGGGUAAUCUAAACGAAACGACGUUUAUAUGAUACGUACGUUUAGGAAUAGAGCGUGAAUGAUCUGUCGAAAAAAAAAGCAAAAUAGAAAUACAUCUUUGUAUUCAACGCUCUUAGCAAAUCCCCAUACAACAGAUUAUUCCAGCAACAUUGCAAUGUUCCAGCAAUAUUGAAGUAACGUUAGACGUGCUCAGCAAAUUCAACAGUUGAAUGAGUGUUUA